AUGCUUAAAGAUAGAGAUGAGAUGCUAGUGCACAUUAAAUCUCAGUUACAAAGGGCUCAAAAUUUGAUGCAAGUAUCGGCAAACAAGCAUCAUCGUGAUCUACAAUUUGAAGUGGGUGAUAAAGUCUUUUUGAAACUCAAGCCGUAUAGGCAACAUACGGUGGUGAAGCGUCUUUGUCCUAAACUAGCAGCACGUUUCUUUGGGCCUUAUACAAUUUUGGAGCGAGUUGGUAUGGUGGCGUACAAAUUGACAUUGCCUUCAGGUUCAAAAAUUCAUCCAGUUUUUCAUAUCUCACAGUUGAAGAAGGCUAUAGGCAAUGAGCAUGAGCUUCAGCCAUUACCUGCUGCAGUGACUGACUUGCAUACUGUUGAUCUGGAACCAAAAGAGGUACUCGCAAAACGCCAUGGUCCAACAGGCUGUGUCGAGUCGUUGAUCAGGUGGAAGGGACAACCAAAUCAUGAGAGCACUUGGGUGCAGUCAGCAGAGUUUUUCAAGUAG